AUGACCAAGGCCCCGUUCUCGGUCGAAUGGCUUUCCCAGAGCAGCCAGGCGACCCCGCAAGGCCGGAGCAGCAGGGCGGAAGGCCUAGAGGGCGCCUCCUCCUCCUCCUCUUCCGACGGCAGCCAGGCCCAGCUGGCGGCGCCUCCUGGCUCACGCAGCGGCCAGCCUGCGGGCAGAGAAAGAAGGCCGAGCGGGGCGCAGGACACCCGCAGAGUCCCAGAGCCGCCCUCCCCGCAGGAGCACGGGGUGGGGUCCUGUCCCGCAGGAUUAGCUGCUCCCAAACGGGCGUGGAGCACUACAGAGGGUGGCUCAGAUGGCGAGGGAAGCCUCUCAGAGGGCCAGACCCCAGAGGACAGCAGCAGCGGAGGCGGCAGGAGCACGAACAGCCGCCGCUUGCGCACUGCGUUCAGCCUGGAGCAGAUCAGCACCCUGGAGAGCUCCUUCAAGCGGCACAAGUACUUGGGAGCUGCAGAGAGGCGCAAACUGGCCAGUAAGAUGCAGCUCUCCGAAGUGCAGAUCAAGACAUGGUUUCAGAACCGGCGGAUGAAGCUGAAACGCCAGCUACAGGAGAUGAGACCAGACCCCUUCCAUGCUGUUCCGUUUUACAGCCCCCUCCCUUUCGGACCUCAAAGUGGGCCCCUCUCCUAUGUUUACUCCGCCCCCCAGCAGACUUUCAGCCGGAGGGAAGCUGGUAUUCCUUCUGGCAUCACCUUCCCUCCAAUGCCAGCUCCUACCCUGGAUCCUAGAAAUACUUCCGGAGGGCAGCCAGGUGCUCUCUGGCCAAUGCCCAUGCCUUAUUUUAUGGGAUACCAAGACCCUAGAACUGUCUUCAUGAGCGUCUGA